AAAUGUUUCUGAAUUUUGAAAAUGACAGACAAGGUAUCAUUUGAUUCGCCAUACCGGCGAUAUGACAAGAAACCCUACCGGCACGUGAACUCACUCUCCUCAAAGUCAGAACCGAAGGCAAAAAGAGAUGUUCCGGAAUGGCAAAAACGCCUUUUGACCUCAAAGUCGGAUAAAAAUACCUAUGAAGAAUUAUCACUUUCAACAAAUGAAGAUAUUUCUGAUAUAACUAUGCAUCUAAAUUAUCCCAGGACCAAUACACCUUUGGAUUUUUAUCCUGUAUACGACACUUCUGGUGAAAUAAAGAAGGCACGGCGCAUUACCAGUGGACAUGGCCGAUCGGUGACACCUUCUAGGACAGGAAGUGCCCUGUCCGUGAGAGGAGACCUCGAUUUAUCCCUUAAGGGAAGACAGGAGACAUACUAUAACGAAGUGAAAAAAGUUUAUGAUGUCGACAAAGGAAGAAAAAUGCGACAAAAAGAAUUUUUCCAGAAGUACACGUCUUUCAGAUCAAACUAUGAUAAUGAAAAACUGCGAGAGCAACGCCAAGCAGAAAGGUUAAGGAUAGACAGAGAAAACCAGAUUCUUAAAGAUUUGAAAAGAAAAAGGACGGAGUUCCAGAGGGAGAAAGAAUGGCGAGUUCGUUGUCAGUAUGUUACCUGGAAACAGUUAGAACACGAGCGAAUGGAUCGAGAGUCGCAUGGCCUUCCGUUAAAUGUUCAAGCAGAUUUCUACCUCAAGAAACGCAAACCAAUGAAAACGAUGUCAAUAAAACAUGUUGUCCGUAACGAGACUCCACGGUACCAAACCGCGUCAAAAAGGCAUAUCAGAGAAAUGUUUGGAACAACGUACCCUACAAUUGACCCUAAGUUAAAGCCCCCUGCUUUUGGACGGAACAACAACAAUACCGGCAUACAGAGAGAUUUUGUUGCUGAAAAAACCGGCGAAAAUCAUUUGAAGGAACUGGACCGGGCGAGGAAUAAAACAAGGGCUCUUAGAGCUCAAGCUCAUUUGAAUUCCAGAUUACGGUCACUGGAUCGCCAUACGCCACAAAGGGCACAAGACAUUCGACGUUUCUGGAUUUCGUGAGCUAAAACGACUAUGGUGUAUCGAAAGAGAUUUUUCAAUCUCUCGUCUUUUAUAUUGUUUGAAAUAUUUAACGGAGAUAAAUAUCCCCUUUUUGUAUAAUAUUUCAUGAAGUCAUCAAUGCAUUCUUAAAUACCGGGUAUGUUCAUUGAAAAUAAUAAAAUUCUAUC